AUGCAACGAUCAUACAGGUGUCCCUGCUCUGUACGAGCUCUGGAAGCGUUUGUCAGAGAUGUCGCUGGCCUGGACAUCCGCCAGAGACGAAACAAUGUUAGCUUCAGGAACCUGAGCACACGAUCAACCCUACAGAUUCGACACUCGUCGCCCCGAUUUCUUCCUUCGCAAGCGCAUGCUAUUGCCAACUCCGUCGAUGAUGCAUUUGUCCCGUUCGAAACUGCUAUCGACAAGAACUCUUCGAGUACAGCACACGAUGGUCUUCAGGAAACACCCGAGCCUUUCGAUCCGGACCAAGAGCCUGGGAGCUUAGAGGACUUCGAGCCUGAAAUCACUAUACACGAGGAACAAGCGCAGACUACAGCCGAUCCGAUCGUCAGAGAUGCACGCGUGCAACAAUUAGACCUAAAAGACCGGGACCAGGCGAUCGAUGCCAUAUUCUUCCCAGACUUGUUAGCACAACCUGAGUCCAAGCUAGACGACUUACGUUCGCUCAAUCAGAGACUCAACAUAUUCUCUGCCUCAACAACAAAGCAGCAGUAUCCUGGCAAAAACGCACGCAAGAAGGCAAGAAGAGCAGCGCAAGCUGGCGAGACACAAACCACCCUUUCCACACAGACAACCCAGGACCUAGAAACUACAACGCUACCAGGAGUAUCUCCUAAGGCUGCCGCNAAAAGUGAGAGCAAAAGCAGACAGAAAAGCAAAAGAGCAGUCCUAGCUCUCGAAGUACAAAAGGCCGUCCUAGAACAAGCAGUUCAAGAUCAAGAAGCCGCUGAUGUCGCCUCCUUAAUCGCAUCGGCGACAGGACCCAAACCCAUCUCUGAGGCAAAAGCCGACAAGAUAGCUCUAGCGAUAAAGGCUAGAAAAGCGGAAGAGAAGGCCGCAAAAGGGCCGCAGUCGAAAAACUCGUCCAAGAGCAAGCAGCAGCUANNAGCAAGCCCAAAAGAGCGUAACCGCAACAUGGAACGAUGGAAAGUGCAAAAGGCAGCUCUAGAAGAGAAAUUCGGAGAGCAGAGUUGGAACCCCAGAAAGCGAAUCUCUCCAGAUGCGUUGGCUGGUAUUAGAGCUCUGCAUGCCAAGUCACCAGAUGUGUUUAGCACGGCUGUUCUGGCCGAGCAUUUCAAGGUCACGCCAGAAGCUAUUCGACGGAUCCUGAAGAGUAAAUGGCAGCCUACCGAGGAGGAGGCAGAGGAAAGGAGAGAAAGGUGGGANAAAAGGGGUGAGAAGAAAUGGUCAGAGAUGGCCGAGCAGGGUCUUAAGCCUCCGAAAAAGUGGCGUGAGAGAGGUGUAGGAAAGGUUGGCCCUGGAGAAGUGCCCCCAUGGAAGCAACCUGGAAAGGCUGGAGAGCGUUGGAUCGAAAGUACAGAUGCGGACAGGUUUGUCAUGGCUGGUGAGCAGAUGGCCGAGGAAGAGUACGACGAGUCUGAAGUAGAAGACAGUAUUGCAUCCAGGAUCCUCUAA